AUGCAUUGUCUUAAACGUCUGCGUACUACUAAUGCGGGAGUUUUACAACUGCUUAAACAUGCUGUCAACUCCGCACUAGUUGGGAGUGACAGCAAUGUUUUAUCCAGGAGCCAGCAACCCUUUCAGCUGUUCUGCACGAGUGCAGCACUGCACCACAACAGUAAGCAACAUCAUCAAGCUGUCAAUGAUUUGGACCAAGCUGAGUGCAGGUAAAUACUUACUCAGUCACAUUAUCUACCAAUAAGGGAAUAUGUACAGGAUAUACAGGUAACUGCCAAAAUAAUGGAAACACUUGAGUAAAUGAGGGAUACAACGUAUUGAAAGCAGGUGCUUCCACACAGAUGUGGUUCCUGAGUUAAUGAAGCAAUUAACAUCCCAUCGUGCUUAGGGUCAUGUAUAAAAGGCUGGGCUGGCCAUUAUUGUGGCCAUUAUUUUGGCUACCAUGGCUAUGCCCACAUAUAAUUACAAUGCCCCCAUCCACAGGGCACAGUGGUCACUAAAUGGUUUGAGGAGCAUGCAAACGAUGUAAACCAUAUGCCAUAGCCAUCUCAAUCACCAGAUCUCAACCCAAUUGAACACUUAUGGGAGAUUCUGGAGCGGCACCUGAGACAGCGUUUUCCACCACCAUCAACAAAACACAGAAUUAUGAAAUUUCUUGUGGAAGAAUGGUGUCGCAUCCCUCCGAUAGAGUUCCAGACACUUAUAGAAUAUAUGGCAAGAUGCAUUGAAGCUGUUCUGGCUCGUGGUGGCCCAACGCCCUAUUAAGACACUUUAUGUUGGUGUUUCCUUUAUUUUGGCAGUUACCUGUAGUUAGAAAGUUGUAACAAGUUGUCUCAGAGUUAAAUUAUAUUGUUGACAUCCUAAUAAUGAGUUACUGAUUUUGUAUUCAAGUUAGGCUGUCUACAGAACAUGAAAUUAGACUUUUAUCUUCAGAUAGUUUGUUUUGGAGACGAAGUGGACAUUUAAUUCCCAAUUAUAGGCUACUCAAUGCAAACAAGGGUAACAAAUAGGCCCAGUCGAAAACUAAUUUCAUCAUAGACUACAUUUAAGAACUUCGAGCUGAGUAGUCAGUGGAAUUGGUUUGAAAGCAGAUAUUAACAUGAACUACACUACUAUACACUACACUACACUACAGCACACUACACUACACUAGGCCUACGCUACACUACUAUAGGCUACACUACUAUAGGCUACACUACACUACACUCUUAGAAAGGAAAGGUGCUAUCUAGAACCUAAAAGGGUUCUUUGGCGGUCCCCAUAGGAGAACCCUUUAAGAAACCCUUUUUGGUUCCAGGUAAAACCCUUUUGGUUCCAGGUAGAACCCUAGAGGGUUCUACAUGGAACCCAAAAUAGUUCUACCUGGAACCAAAAAGGAUUCUACCUGGAACCAGAAAGGGUUCUCCAAUGGGGACAGCCGAAAAAAAUACAUUUCCGAACCCUUUUUUCUAAGAGUGUAAACUACACUACACUAGGCCUACACUACACUAGGCCUACACUACACUACACUACACUACACUACACUACACUACACUACACUACACUACACUACACUAGGCCUACACUACACUACACUACACUAGGCCUACACUACACUACACUAGGCCUACACUACACUACACUACACUUACACUACACUACACUACACUACACUACACUACACCACACUACACUAGGCCUACACUACACUACACUACACUACACUAGGCCUACACUACACCACACUACACCACACUACACUACAUUACACUACACUAGGCCUACACUACACUACACUAGGCCCACACUACACUAUACUACACUAGGCCUACACUACACUACACUACACUAGGCCUACACUACACUACACUACACUAGGCCUACACUACACUACACUACACUACACUAGGCCUACACUACACUACACUACACUACACUACACUACACUACACUACACUACACUACACUACACCACACUACACUACACUACACUAGGCCUACACUACACUACACUACACUAGGCCUACACUACACUACACUACACUUACACUACACUACACUACACUACACCACACUACACUACACUACACUACACUACACUACACUACACUAGGUGUAGUGUAGUGUAGUGUAGGCCUAGUGUAGUGUAGUGUAGUGUAGUGUAGUGUAGUGUAGUGUAGGCCUAGUGUAUAGGUCCUCUGUAGCUCAACUGGUAGAGCACGGCGCUUGUAACGCCAAGGUAGUGGGUUCGAUCCCCGGGACCACCCAUACACAAAAAUGUAUGCACGCAUGACUGUAAGUCGCUUUGGAUAAAAGCGUCUGCUAAAUGGCAUAUUAUUAUUAUUAUUUAUUACUAGGCCUACACUACACUACACUACACUAGGCCUAGGCCUAGGCCUAGGCCUACACUACACUACACUACACUACACUACACUACACUACACUAGGCCUACACUACACUACACUACACUACACCACACUACACUACACUACACUACACUACACUAGGCCUACACUACACUACACUAGUCCUACACUACACUACACUACACUACACUUACACUACACUACACUAGGCCUACACUACACUAGGCCUACACUACACUACACUACACUACACUACACUAGGCCUACACUACACUACACUAGGCCUACACUAUACUACACUACACUAGGCCUACACUACACUACACUAGGCCUACACUACACUACACUAGGCCUACACUACACUACACUACACUAUACUACACUACACUAGGCCUACACUACACUACACUACACUACACUACACUACACUAGGCCUACACUACACUACACUACACUAUACUACACUACACUACACUAGGCCUACACUACACUACACUACACUACACUACACUACACUACACUAGGCCUACACUACACUAGGCCUACACUACACUACACUAGGCCUACACUACACUACACUACACUAGGCCUACACUAUACUACACACUCUACUACACUCUCCUUUUGGUGCUGGGGUGAAAAGAAAAACAUAGAACAUUUGUUCAUACACAGUUGUCAAUGAUUAAGUGCUCUUUUGCACAUGUACAGUAUGUCUUGAGAAAAGUUCUACAGAUUAGUCAAUAAUCAAAACACAGUGUAAAACGUGUAUGCAGUGGUGAUCUUUAAGAAUGUCCCUGUAAGACCUACACUAGUAUUGUGACAUGGUGCAUGCACUGUGCUGUCUGGUCUUCACAGGAACAGCUUGAUCUCUGGGAUGGACCUUCUCUUCUACACCAUCACAGAGGGCAAAGAGAUGAUCUCUGUCUCUCAGUUCGUCUCUGUGAGUCUCCAUCUAAUCACGUCCUCUCUCACUGUGCGACACCAUACAACACCUAACCUAUAUACAGUACAGAGUUUUUUUCUGGUUAUUUAACCUUUUUAAAAAUCUGGAAUGCCCUUUUUUCUGAUUGUAUUGACAGUUCCCUUGACUUUCCGUGACGUCCUUUUAAAGUUGACACAGUACUGCCUGUACCACAACACAUUCUAGUUCCUAAAGAGACCUUUGGCCUUGUUGUUUUCACUUGAGCUAAAUGCAUACCGAUCAAACCCCAGAGAGUGUAAGACGAGCCAGGCAGGAAUUCAUCACACCAUGUCACCUGCCCAGUUCAGGUUCAGGUUUUAAAAGUGUUGAGGAAACGCCUUGUAUAACUUUAUGACUAAUAGACAGGUGUAGCCUCGUCGUCGAGGCUAGAAGUGAAUCCUCUUAAACCCCAAAAUGAUUGACGUCUUAAACAAUGAUAACUCAGUAUAAGCUGAUUAAAAAGGCGGUGGUUGAACUGCUCUGACAUCACCUCACAAAUGAAACAGAGUUCAAGCUAGGUGUUAACAACUUUGUUUACCUCAUCAAUGACCACCAGCCAUUUCCAAGCAACAAUAGCCUAAGGACCUCUGGAAUGUUGGUCACAUGAGUCGAGAAGAACAUCACAGAAGUCGUAGCUCAGUUGGUGAGAAUGUCAUAGAAGCACAUUCAUCCAUAGUUGCACGCACACUGACCCACAGUCAUUUUACGAUGUGUGAAGAAACUCUGUGUCCAGUGUCCACGACCACUCCCAGUGCUUUUACACCAUAAUUCACACCUUCAGACCCUUGCUUGGUGCCUCUCAUAUGCAUACUCAAAUUAAUACUUAACAGUAUAGGGUACAGGGGUCUAUUAAAAGACUGGGUGGUGUUGGGGCACAGCGUGAUAUUUGACAGGCCAUUGGCUCAGACCUGUGACCAUUUACUCCCCUGGGUUCACGUUGGCUUUCGCUUUGUCCGAGGAACUACAGUGGACAUUGUCUUAUGACCUUUGUGUCUUCAUCAACAUAGCAUUUUAACAUUGUAUCACAGAAACACUGGUCAUAGCUUUUAGAUGGCUGUAACACAGGGAUGGGGUGAUGGAGUUUGGUCCCGUGGUGGGCAACACUGACAAUUCUGGACUACACCUUGCCCCUGGAAGCAGGGGUUCAAACCCCAGGUCUGCCAAUCUCUCCACCACUAAGGAUAGACUGGGGUUGGGUAGAUGCACAGGAAUUUCUAGUGGUUAGUCACAGAGGUAAGGGAGUAUAUGAUAUGAAAAAUAACUACUGUAUCUGGACACUGCAUUCUCAAGCAGUUGAACGACACAAAGUUGUACCUCAACCAGAGCAUUCAGAGUAUAGUAUGUAUGCCCUGUUUAAUCUUUUAUUUCAGAAUGAUGCAAAGCUUGGUAUUCUUACAUCAUUCACACCUUUAAAGAACUACUACUACACAGAUGCCAUCUGCUUUGACCUUGGAUUGAUCUCAGUUUGGAGGAGGGAGAUCUGUUAUUUAUUGUUAUGCUAUGCUGUAUGUGUUUGGCAUGACAGGGAACAGUGACACAGGAGUUUGGCUAAAAAUCUGUCUCACUCUCGUUCUCUAAAUGUUCGUCUCUCCUUCCUCCAGGCGUUGAGGAGCACAGGUUUGUGGACAUCUGAUCCCAGGCUGAGGGAUUGUAUGCAUCAGCUGCGCCAGUCAAUGCGGGAAUCUGCCGGAACAGUCAUGAUGGACCAGAAACUUUUCAGGAAGUGAGUUAUGCUCUAUUUUCUAUUUUGGAUGGGAUGGACAUAGCCUUAUUUGGCUCUUUUAUCUUACCAUAUACAUCCUCUAGUAGGAUGGUAUGAAGAGAUUAUUUACUAUAGUAAACACUAUGAUUCUUUAAUUCAUAAAGUUAGCAUAAUGUAUUAUGUCUUUCUCGAUCACACAUACCAUAUUCUCAUUCUUCAGGCGGAUUGGCAAAACAUCACACACACUUUAUCCCAUUUUUACAUAGCAAUUUUAUGAAAGUGACAUUUAUAUGGUAUUUCAAUGUGCGAAGGAACUAUCUUUGCUAUUGCCCCCAGUGUUGACUAGAAACUUCCAAUACUUUCCCCCCACUAUCUCUGUGUGUAUUUAUGUCUGCUCUGCAUGCCUCUACAGUGGACAGGUAGAGAUUUGUUAUGAAAGGUUAAGAGUCAAGGAUGUUUGAUUGUGGUUGUAUUGUAGUGUUUGUGUUGGGGUUAAUGUGAGGCAAAGACAGAGUGACAGCGUCUGUAGUUUUAUGGCCAACAGCUGCCUCUGAACCUUACUCAUGCACACACACACACGCACGCACACACACACACACACACACACACACACACACACACACACACACACACACACACACACACACACACACACACACACACACACACACACACACACACACACACUGAGAGAUGCAGAGAGAGAGAGCUCUGGAAUUGUUGGCGAACAGAGUAUGACAUCUGUGCAGGGCUUAGGUCUGGACGGGAGCUAAUGAAAGUCCAGCAUAGUGAGUGAACUGCAGACGGUGCCAGUUGUAUUAGGAGCUCAGCUUAUCAACAAGCUCCGAGGGAAUCUAGACUGCUGUCCAAACAGUAUUACUUCCUAAGUGGCAAAGCUAACUUAAUGAAUGCAGUGAUGAUUCAGACUCUGGCCUGCUACAGUAGUGGGUCACUGAGUCCUGUCUGGUGGACUUCUUCUUCCAUUGAAUAACUAUGUUCCUGUGAUUGAACACUGCAUAUCUACCAUCCCUUUGCUCAUCUUAGAUUGAGACUUGGUGUUGUACUUGGUAUUAUUUAGAAACUAGAGCCAAAGACACAAAUAAAGUCAUAGAGAAGAGAAGAACAAUAUUGUGUUGUGAUUAAAUAUUUUCUUCCCAUUGAGGAACACUCUGAGGUGGUCACUAGAAAAAGGCCACUAGAAAUAAAAAAACUCCCAUUUCUGGUGAAUGUGUAAAUUAUGCAAUCGCUAUAUUUGCCUCCCCAGUGUCCCAAACUCUAAACAAGUUGUGUAUUAACAAGCAACGGGGGACGGAUCUUUCAGCUCAACCCAGCUAUGAAAGACUGUGAAUGCCAUUCUGUGAGAUCACAUCACAUCAGUGCUUACUAAAGUUAGCACUUUGUUUAUAUAUAAUGGUAAAGACAGGUGUGUAUCUACAAUAUGAUAGGCUGUCUAUUCUCAGCAUUUAAUUUGGUCCCAGUUGGGGUCCAGUUUUAUAUUGUUGAUGUCAUUAGGAUUUCAUCAUAGGAUCAGUAGUGUGUCUGUUCCACUUAGCCCUGAUACAUGGCUGACUCCUAGACGCCGCAUAGGAGUCAGCAGCCGUGUAUCAGUGCUAAAGGUCACUGUGUGUAUUAAUAAAGUAGUAAUACUAUAUACUGUAAAUAAUCUAAAGUGACUGACAUUUUUUGUAUGGUUAUUAAUAAUAAUUUGGUGGGUGCUUAUAUUUGUACAAGUGUAUAUUACUACAAGUGUGAAUUGGAAAACCAUGUUUUUUACAUAUCCCUACACUCCCUGACACACCCUCGGAGAGUAGGGUCACGGCCAGGUCUGCCAUUAAUGGCAACCCUGGAGCAAUUAGAGUUAAGUGACUUGGUCAAGAGCACUUCAACAGAUUUUCACCUUGUCGGCUCAGGGAUUACGAACUAGCGACCUUUCGGUUACUGGCUCAACACUCUAACCGCUAGGCUAAUCAAACGUAGCAGGAGUAAAAGAAACGCCUGAAACUAGAUCCCCUACAUACUGGUCUUGACAAGAAGAAAACAAACUGUGGGGGGAGGUUCUCUUCUGCACUGUUCAACCAACCCAGUAAAUGUGGAGGAGGAGUUUAAAUGGAGAGUCGCCUUGUUAACGUCCAAAAGUGGAAGUCACAUCACAGGCUCUCUUUCCAUUUCCCCUGAAAACCAUAACAGCCUCAGCAGAGGUUAUCGCUAGGCAUAGCCUCGGGAAGUAGGGGUGCUGAGGGUGCAGCAGCACCCAUCAUAAAUUGAAAAAAAUAUAAAAUAAUAUAAUGUAUAUAUAUAUAUUUUAAAUACAAUUCUUCACAAAUGUAUAUUACUCCUGUGUGAACUAGGACUUUAUUACUCCUGUAUGAGUGGACAAAAAUACUCCCCAGCACCACCAACGCAAAACAUCUUCCUGCGGUUGGCCCAAGCAGGAAUCAAACCAACAACUCUAGUGUUGCAAGCGCCACACUCCACCAGCUGAGUCACACUUAGCCAUUACCUAUGUGAUAAACAAAGUUUUGAUGUGUGAUAUUUAUGAAUGUGUGUCGUGUUUCAGGUGUGUGGGUGCUAACAUCCUGCUGCUGACCCAGGCGUUCAGGAGGAAGUUCAUCAUCCCAGACUUUGAAGUGUUUGCGUCCAACAUCGACCAGCUGUACUACAGUACCCAGAGGCAGGAGGGGGGACAUGUGAGUUCUGUUAGGAUGCCUACACUAUGCACAUUGGCAUAAAUAAUCUCACUCACACACGUACUGAAUGAAAGCAUACACACACUACAUUCGUGCAUACAUGCACACAUGUACUAUACAUACAGUACCUGACUUUGACAUACAUGACACUCCUCCAUUCCAUUAUUUUGUGUGUGUCUUUGCUUAGGUAGCAGAUUACAUUCCUCAACUGGCUAAAUUCAGCCCUGAUCUGUGGGGAGUGUCUCUAUGCACCGUGGAUGGACAAAGGUAAGAUUACAGCAUCAUCUGAUCUAUGUGCAUAGUAUCUUUUUACAGUAUAUCACCACUGCCCUCCAUCAUGACACAUAACCCAUGUUACUGAAAUGAAGAGCAUUGAACAGGCAGUCCACAUGUCAUCCCCUCAUCUUGCCCUAUCAGUAUCUGCCCACCUUUUUUAUACAAAAUCCUCCACUGUAUCUGUUGUCACCUCAGCCCUCCUCUCACUGUCCCAUGAUCUCUCCCCUGCUGGUGUGAAUCAGACAUUCUGCAGGUGACACCAAGGUUCCAUUCUGUCUUCAAUCAUGUGUGAAGCCACUGGAGUACGCAAUCGCUGUGCACGAGAUCGGCACUGAGCAUGUGCACCGUUACGUGGGCAAAGAGCCUAGCGGACUCAAGUUCAACCAGCUGUCACUGAAUGAGGAGGGUGAGAGAGAUGAACCCUAACCCUGUCCCUGUCUGCCUAUGGCUAGGCUCACAUACCUACUAAAUGUCUCUGUGUCCACUUCUGUGUAGAUGCCCCACACUUGAAUGCAUCUGAGGAGUACUGAGGAAAAAACUGUCUUACAUUGAACUCUCAAAUUAUAACUCUGACCUAUCUCCUGAUCUAAGCUAACUCGAUCGCAGGGUAAUAAAUAGUUCAUUACACUGUGGAAGCAAACAAUUACACAUUUCAGUAAACAACUGUGUAAAGAGAAGAGAACCAACCUCUCUGCAACUACAGCCCACUGGGCACAGAUGUCAGGUCAACGUCUAGUUUUGAUUGAAAUUUGGUUGUUGUCAACUAACAUGAAUUCAACAUGAAAUCAACAAAAAACUUCCCCAUGAGAUUGGAUUUAGGUUAAAAGUUGGGUAAAAAAAUGACUAAAUUCCCAAACAUUGAUGACUUUUUGCAAAUCCAAUAAUUUUCCCACGUUGAUUCAGCAUCAUCACAUUGAUUUGCAAUGGCGUGGGUACAACAUUGAUUCAACCAGUUUUUGCCCAGUGGGAGGUGAUUGAGAAACAUUGAUCAAUGAUUACAACAUGCUGUAGGUCUUGACUGGUGAGAUAGUCGAUAGAGCAGGAACAAGCAAGAACAGGACAUCUGAUCAUUAACAAGUCAAGACAUCUUAUCUGCAGGUUCCCUCUAAGCUGGCUAAGGCUGGCUAGGUGUCAUUACACAUGUUCACCUCUGGCACGCACAUACAUGUGUUCACUAUAUUAGUGGAUUUUUUUUUAGCGGCCAUAUCUUUAGGUUAUAUGGUGGUGGUGGAAUGCACGACAGUGAUAGCAUUGUCCUCUCUCUCUUUGGACAGAUAAACCACACAACCCUAUGGUGAAUGCGGGGGCUAUCGUCAUCAGUUCUCUGCUCAAGGUAAGGGGAUUCCUGGGUGCACUGACGUUAUAAUCUCCUAUAACCUUUCAUGAGGUUUUGGAAUUAGAGUACAGAUCAAAUCUUUGCUAGCUAACUGAAACAAUAUCAGGAGUACAUUACAAACUGCUGUACACCAAAUCCACUCCAACAUCAAAUAUACAGGAAAUCAGGAAAUCUGUUGUAACUAGUACAGCCAAGUGUCACAGUCAGACCACCCUCAAUCAUUGACCAAUUCACCCUAUGGCCCAAUACAGUGUGGACAGAGGUCAGUAAGCUAUCACCAGCUGACUCACCAACCAUCCCUAUCAGUCAGCAUUACCCUCAUUCUAACAGCUACAGCAGUGGGGAAAGAGGGCAGGCCUCUAUAUAGACAUGGACCUCUAUUCUGCUAUGUUUUCCUCUCCCUGCCUAGCUGCCUGUCUUCUCCAGCUGCCUCUUAGGCCAUGCAGGUCACAUACAUUAGUGGGGGAGGGUGGGACUGACAGGAUGGGUGUGUGUGUUAGCCGGGCCAAUGAGACGGCUGGGAAGAGAAGGUGUGUUUGUCUGUUGGUGAGACACUGUACAUUUACAUUUACAUUUACAUUUACGUCAUUUAGCAGACGCUCUUAUCCAGAGCGACUUACAAACUGUAUGUGUGAUUGUGUGGGUAUGUGUUUAUGUCUGACAAUUAUAAGUAUUAUGAUUUAUGUCUUUGACAACUUUAAGUACAGGGAGAGAGAACAGAUAGAGAUGGCUGAGUCAUUUCAUUGGCUAAUAGUGUAUAGCACAUACUGCACUAGGCAAGUUGAGGGGAGGACUUGUACUCUUCCAAGUCAGUGUAGCACUUCUAGCACGUUUUAUUUGGAGUUUAUGCAAUUCAUUUAUAAAUAAUGCGCAAAGUUCACUUCAUCUUUCAGAGAGAGCAGAACUCUCUGAAGUUAUGAGUGGAAAGACGUGUCAUCAGCCUCCUGAGUGGCGCAGCGGGCCGCGUCCUUGUCCCAUCACGCUCUAGUGACUUCUUGUGGCGGCCGGGCGCAUGCACGCUGACUUCGGUCGCCAGCUGUACAGCGUUUCCUCCGACACAUUGGUGCGGCUGGCUUCCGGGUUAAGCGAGCAGUGUGUCAAGAAGCAGUGCGGCUUGGCGGGGUCGUGUUUCGGAGGACGCAUGGCUCUUGACCUUUGCCUCUCCCGAGUCCGUACUGGAGUUGCAGCGAUGGGACAAGACUGUAACUACCAAAAAAUAAAAUGAAAGACGUGUCAUCACUCAGAAGCACUUCAUCAGAGUGUCACUGACCAAUAAACCCAGGGUUGCACCACAUCUGAAGAAACCUAUUCCUUGAGGAUCACUCAACAAGAGUAGGAUGGUGAAGUACCAGUCUCUGCCCAUUAUGGUGACUUAACGACUUGCUAGUGAUCUUUCACUGGACCCUGAAACUUAAGCAGGGCAAUAAUCUGCCCUCGAGCUGCUAGCCCAUGUCAUACUCAUCACAUCACGCGGACGGACGGACAGACGGACACAGCGACUAAUCCUACCCCACACACCCACCCAGAAUCUGUCUAACUCACCAGCACACUGUGCCCUUGGUGCAAAAAAAAACACAAACACUGCCACCUAGGGACAGAACAGCUCUCUGCAUAGUGUCAAUAAAGAAUUACUACAGCACAAGAACACUGUACGAAAGUGAUUUCCUUCUUCUUCUUUAUUUUUACAGCCUAACUCGAAUAAGGCAGAGAGAUUUGAUUAUGUGAGUAUCCUUUAAGGUUUCAGACUUCUGUCAUGUCUACAAUUGCUUCUUAUUAGUAAAAAUGUAAUGGAAAAACUGACAUACAUCUUUUAUCAUAGGUAAUGGAAUACUUAAAGAAGAUUGCUGGCACAGAGUAUGUGGGCUUCAGCAACGCCACGUGAGUGUCAAAUUGAACGUUAUAGUAUGAAAAAUGAAAUUAUCUAAUAUUUCAGACCAUACAGUAACUGUAAUUUGUGGUGUGAUAAACAGCUUUUAAUGUUUUGCCUUCACAGUUUUCAAUCAGAGAAGGAGACCGGGGAUAGGAAUUUUGCUAUUGGUUACUAUCUGAAGGAGAAAAAAGUGAGUGUUUGAGCUUCACAGAGUCUUCCCAAUAGUUAUACCAAUUCCUAAACUCUAAAACUAUGAGUUAUGCUACCUGCUGAUUGUGUCCUGAAACGGUGGCCUCUCUCUCAUUUUGCCUGGUAGUGCUUUCCUGAGAAUGCAGAUAUGAUUGCAGCCCUCGACUUCUACUUCCAGGUGAGACUCAUGUUUAAAGAGAUUUGCUGAUGUAGCCAAGACGGUCUUUAGCUUUUUCCUAGUGUGUGUCCCUGGUGGAAACACUCUGUAUGUGAGUAAAGUGCUACCCUGUACACAGGGUUGGGUAGCUUACUUUCUAAAUGUAUUCCAUUGCAGUUACUAGUUACCUGUCCAAAAUUGGAAUCAGUAACAUAACUUAUGGAUUUCCCAAACUCAGUAAAUCAGUAACAUAAUCUGAUUACUUUCAGUUACUUUUGGAUUACUUUCCUCUUAAGAGGCAUUAGAAGAAGACAAAAAGGAUCCAUCAAAUGCAUUUGGUGUGUCAUCAUAGUGGUCUCUGACUUGUGGUCAGACUCACUCAGGUGGAACAAACUUAAACUUGUGCCUUUUUUCAAUGCUGAAUUGAAUGUCAUUGAGAAAACAGAAAGGUGUCAUAAUGUAUUUUUUCACAAACAUCCUUUCUGAAUUUAAAAUAAUCCAAUAAGUAAUCAUCUAGUUUUUCAAAAGUAUCUGUAAUCUGAUUACAAUAUUUUUGCUGGUUAAGUAAGAUUACAUUUACAGUUUAUUUUGUAAUCAUAUUACAUGUACCUGAUUACAAUCAGUUACUCCUCAACCCUGCCUGUACAAUAAACCAGAGGUCUCAACUGUUCUCUGUUUUCCUCUCAGCUGUGUUCCAUCGAGGUGACCUGUGAGUCAGGCAGUGUCAUGGCCGCCACACUGGCCAACGGGGGCAUCUGUCCAAUCACAGGCGAGCGGGUGCUGAGUGCAGAGGCCGUGCGGAACACCCUAAGCCUCAUGCACUCCUGCGGAAUGUACGACUUCUCUGGCCAGUUCGCCUUCCAUGUGAGUCACUGAGAAACAGACAAGAGGUCAAUGACCUGAGGUGCCUUUAUCACAGAGACGAAAGAGGAAGUGAGACAUCCCCAUCUCAUUUCUUCUGGUUCAUAUACAGUCAAUGAACUAAGCAGACCAGACCCAGCUGCUAAUGCAUUGGUGCCUAUGGGAUAGCCACCCUGUUAAGCAAACCGGAACUGACCAUUUUUUUCAAUGGUAAACUGCCUGAGUGGGACAUUUUCAUUUAUCCAACAUCUUUGCUUAUCAUACUGUAUGUGGUCAGUUAGAACGUUCCCCUUUAUCUUAGAGGUGCCAUAUUGCUCUCACCUAUCCUGUGUUGUCAGAUCAGUGCAGUUAAAAGAGAGGAGACAGGGAGAGGUAUCUAUUUUAGACUAUUUCAGAUGCACCCGGUGAUAAGUGUCAUACUAAACUUCAUUCUUGCUGUUUGUCCCAUCUUUUUUUCCAGGUGGGUUUGCCUGCCAAGUCUGGCGUGUCGGGUGCAGUGCUGCUGGUGGUCCCUAAUGUCAUGGGAAUAAUGUGUUGGUCUCCUCCGUUAGACCGUGUCGGAAAUAGUGUCCGAGGCAUUCACUUCUGUCAGGUAUGCAGACAAGAAGAAUUUCAAUCCCCUAUGAUAAGUAUGAAAAUGUAUGCACUCACUAACUUUUAUUCGCUCUGGAUAAGAGCAUCUGCUAAAUGACUAAAAUGUAAAUGUACAAUUUUAGUUUUUACCAUACCCAGCAGUAGAUAUUUAUUCUCAGUGAUGACCUUGUUUUUUGACAUAUCAAAAGUCAUUUCAAUGUCAUACCUGAGUUUAUAUAUUUUUUGCUGUAUUAGACAUUGUAAAAUUGGUAGAUUAAAAAAGAAUAGAACAUUGAAUAGUAGAAAAAUCUGUCAUUUUCCCAUUCUAUCUGCUGAUUGAGCAGGAGCUGGUUUCUCUCUUUAACUUCCACAACUACGACAACCUGAGACACUUUGCAAGGAAGCUGGACCCUCGCAGACUCUCACUUGAUGAUAGGGUAAGGGAUAGAGUAUGCACUAAUGUCCCGAUUCCGGCCCGAGUUAAGAGUGUGUAAAUGGAACAUUAUUCUCUUUUUAUGCUUUUUUCUCUCUCUGCGUAUUCUGAACUUGAACUUAAGCAUGAGAAUAGCAUGCUAGUCAACCGCUAUUCGUUCGGGGUGGAGAUCUAAGAAAUGAAGGUGUGGCAGAGGUGUGUCUACACAGAUAAGCCGUAUUCUGACCUUGACUUAAUUCCCUCGUAAUUCUACCACCUUUACGCGAGAGGAAACCAUGAAUAAGGUCGAACGAACCUGCUGGUUCCAAGUGGAAAAAGCAUCUUUCUUUUUUCUGAUAGAAAUAACAGCAUUCUCCAUGCACACUGUAAUUUAUAAGUGGAUAAGAGCUGUUGAUAAGAGCUAGGGGAGUGAACGUUAUACCUCCCCCUGAGGAAAAUAUAUUUUUACUUGGCCCUCCCCGAGCAUUUCAAAAAUAUAUAUGUAACCCUCCCCCUCCAAAAUGAUAAUUAAAACAAAACAGCAGGGUAUAUUAAAUCCCUUUUUAAUUGACUAUCAAUGUUGCAGUCUUGAUUUCUAUUAAACCAACCCCUGGUUGAGAACCAAUACUGUAUUGAUACCAUAGUCAUGUUAUCUGCUAGAGGGCGGCAUUUACCAAUUUAAGCGUUAAGGGCCGUCCACACCAAGGACGAUAACUAUAGCGAUAAAUUAUACAUAACUAUAAAACGUUGGCGAGCAUCCACACUAGAGGAACGUUUAUCAUUCUACAGUAGCCUACACCUGUCAGUCAACUGAUCCAAUCAUCCUACUGCACGCUGUAGGCGUAAGGUGGUAAUACAGAGCAUUCAGUGCUUCAGGGUGUCUUCAUUGUCAAAGUGACAACUGCAAAUAAUACUUCAAUGUAGGCUACACGUAGCCUAAUGAAAAACAUUAUAUAGAAACUUGUAUUUAAACUAAAUGUAGAAAUUCAACAACAAACUCUGUUCAGCCUGCGCAUCUUUUAAAUCAUGCAAUUGCUUGCCUCGUUGCUCAAGUGGUUUGCAAGUGAUUUCCAUUUUUCUAAUGGAUGUCAAUUCAUUUGGAUCUUAUUUUUCACUGUGCUCAUCACUGUCUGUCCUGUGCAACCAUUUAAUAGGCUACAUCAGUGCAACAACGUUAUCAUCACUGGCCAGUGAUGCACUCUCUCUCUCUGCAACUUUCCCCGACAGUUAUUUUGGCCUAGGCCUAUUUUACAUUCAGCAAUUAGCAAGAGCAAGCCUGCUUCUCUCCACGAAAAGCCUUUUAGUAUUUGUAGCCUAUAGCUUUUCGUGGGAUUUCACGAGAUGAGGAAUAGUGGAGAGGCUUGCGUCCUUGCCUAUAGCUGGAAAAGAGAGGCUAGAGUUGUGUAGCCGAAGAAGCUAAAUAUUAGCUAGAUAUUAGGCCACUCAUUAACUAAAUAUUAGGCCUAUAAAUAUUUACCUGUCAAAGUGCAAGAAAAAAAAGUUCAACAGAUGAUGAAAUGGCAGAUCUGUGCGUUCCUCCUGGCUGCGCUCUGCAGCAGUCGGGCACACAAAGCUCCACUGUUGAUUAGGCCUACGUUUUUAGACAAUAACAUUAUUCUACCUAGGCUACAACAACAACAGUGCAAUGAGGAAAGUAUUAUUGUUAUCAAAUGAGUACACAAUUAUUGGCUAGGGCUGUAAACUACAGGGAUGUAGGCUAAUUUGAAUGUUUGUAAUUAUUUUUAUUUUAUUAGGAUCCCCAUUAGCUGUGGCAAUUGCAGCAGCUGCUCUUCCUUGGGUCCACACAAAACAUGACAUAAUACAGAACAUUAAUAGACAAGAACAGCUUACUGACAGAAUUACAUAAAUGCAAAAUGUCACACAUAGCAGCUGGUGGGGUAAGUCUGUGUGUCAGUGCUGUGUGUAUGUUGACUAUGCAAACAAUUAAUGCUUCUUCUAAAAACAAAAAGUGAUGCAGUCAGUCUCUCCUUUACUUUUAGCCAAGAGAGACUGGCAUGCAUAGUAUUGAUAUUAUCCCUCUGAUUACAGUGAAGAGAAAGACCGCUCAAACUGCUGUUUUGAAUGCUUCAUGCCGAAAUAACUGCAUAAAAUCAAAUCAAAUUGUAUUUGUCACAUGCUCUAAAUACAACUGGUUUUACCAUGAAAUGCUUGCACUUGUGUUACUAAAAUAGUAAAAUAAAAUACACCAAAAUUGAGCUAUAUAGAGGGAAUACCAUGCAGCCUAGGCCUAAUUUUGCAACCAUUUGGAUCAGUUAUGGGUCUAUUCUCGACGGUUUACAAGGUCCAGAAAGGUACAUUAGCAGGCUACUCAUAUGGUGGUCCCUCCCCAUUUCGUUCAGUUUAAGAAACAUUUUUCAACAGAAUGAAUAAAACAAGCUAUUGUAGGGCUAGUCUAGCUUUUCCUGGGACUCCAAGAGCUAAAGAGGAAUUAUUAGGAAUAAUACUGCAGUGAAUAGCCUAUAGGCCUACCCAAUGUUUUUAAAUCGGAUUUAUAUGACAUUACAGGUAGCCUAAGAUAAACAUAUCACUUGAAAAAAGACAACUCGUAGGCAACUCGUAGGCAUAGAGAUAGUCCAGCCAUCCACAUGGACUGUUGUCCUCCCUAUUCGGUAGCAAUUCCUCCAACACCCGAUUUAAUCCAUUCACUUUUUUCUGCAUUGAGGGACCAUCUCUUUUCGACUCCAAAAUUACAUUGAACUUUUCUAGACUCUCUUCAGCAGACCAACUGCAAAGAAACCCUUAAUUAUUGUGAAGAUAACUUUUUUCACGAGCUGUGGUCCUUGCAUACUUGUGCGACACCAUGCUUGUUGUUGUGAUAAAACACAUUUUUAUGGUGCUUUCAAGAUAACUGUGGGGAAAAAAAUUAACGAGGUCAAUUCAUGACGUCAGUGAUCUUCAGGUCGGAAAGUUGGAGCUCUAGAAAGAUGCCAGAGUUUCCGACUUUGAAUUCCAAGUUGGAUGACCGUUCAAAACUAUUUUCCCAGUCAGAAUUCGUUUUUUUUCACAGUUGUCUUGAACACACUAAAGUCGGAGAUUUCAGAAUUCCCAGUUGUUUUGAAUUGUGGCAUUCCUACCUCUGUUCUUGUUGCGCGCUAGCUCCCUACGUCAUCACGACAAGCGCUAUUUGAUUCACCAGAUACUCUACAUGCCCACGUUCUGGAUACGCCAAGCAAAUAGAGGGACUGAUCGAACAGCCAAUGGAAAGGUAAAAGCGAAAUGCCCACCCAGCCGGGCUCAGUGAUGAAAAUGAGAAAGAGAGAGAAAGCAGGGUUAUACACCAAAGUUACACAUAGUCAGAUUCAAUAAGAAAAUUCCCAAAUACUGACAUUUAAUCGAUUACAAAUUACAUGACAGUCCCUUGGACUAAAUAAAAAAAUACUAAACCCUCCCCCUGACUGAAAUUGAAAAAGCAUGACCCUCCCCCCAUUUUCUUCCAGGUAACAAUUGCUUAAAUUUCGACCGGACCCUAGGUAAAUGAGUAAUCAGUUUGAAGAAGGGGAUUGUAAAUACACAUAGCAAUAGUUAUAGGUGAUUUUUCCUUAUGAUCCCUGGAGAGGAAUGUGAAACCGUCCAUAUGGAAGCAAACUGAAAAUGAUAUCAACAAGCCCCUUUUCCACAGUGAAAUAGGAUAUAAAUAGCUGUGACAUUAUUCUGAAUUUUAUUUGCGUGCCCUCAUAAUUUCUGUGGAUGAAAUUUGGACACCCAAACUAUAGGCUUCUGUAGGGCUAAACCUGCCGAGUUGAUGUAUGCGCUUUAGAAUGUUUUAAUUAUAGCCUAUGCCCAGGCUUUUCUCUGUUUUAUUUUACAAUUUGUAUCAUGUUAAUUAUUAGCCACUCUCGGGAGCCACAUACAUUUAUAACUGUCACUUUAGUGUUAGUUUUAUCUAAUUUGUAGCUUACAUUUAGCAUCAUUCCAUUCCGUUGACCUUUCUUUCCUCUGUCACGUCUAUGUAAGUUGUUCCUUAGGCUCGCUAGCAUUAGUAGAUCAUAUUAGGCUAAUAUUGGGCAAUAAGUUGGGACAUGUAGACUAUUUGAAUCAUUAUGGAACUCAGACCACAAGUAGCAGGUUAAACCAGGAGCCUGGCGCACGGUUCAUGACGACUGGACCGUUGUCAUACAGUUCCAUGCUUAGUGAGAAUUAGAGUAGAUUUAUUUAUAGGACUUGUUCAACCCCUAUUGUAAACUUUUUUCCACCUUACAAUAUUUAAUGGAUUGAACUUGAAUGUGACAACUUUCAGGUUGAAUCAAACCACUGUUUAUUCAACAAUAUAUUUUGUGCAUAAAGGCUCUCCAAACUUUUAAAAAAAUGUUUCAAACAUACUUUCCUAACCCUAAAAGGUGCCUAAAUAAUCUACAAAGUCAGAGUAUUUUUUUAUCUACCAGUUGGUGCUGAAACGGAGAUGAAGAUGCAUAGAUGGCAUUCUUUCAUUGAUCCCUAUUUUCUGCACCUGUUCUCUUGAUGUUUUCUAGUCUGUCGACAAAAUUCAAAUUAAAGGUACACCGUAUUUAAAGGGAUGGCUUAAGAUAAAUGUACUGAAAACCAUAUUUAAUUGAAAACUCCACGAGAAAAUCUGUUGGCCAGCAAGUGGGAGGGUUUUCUGCGGUUGAAUUACUUUUAUUCAGAGCGCACAAGGGAUCCACGCCUGCAAAGCCCAUUACACACCUUUAUAAGCUAAGUCUGAAUACCAACUACUGAGAAGUGCAUAAGAAAGGCAUAAUUUCCUAAAUUGGAAUCGGGCCCUAAGAAUACCAACUAAAUGUUUCUCAAAUGUACUGUACCUCUUGGGAAGAUUCAUGUGUAAUGUUUAUGCUUCCGUCACAAUAUCUGAAACAUCUCUGUGCUUCAAUAUCCUUCUUCUAUGUUGAUAACCCAUCAUUGUGGUCCUCUGUAGCUCAGCUGGUAGAGCACGGCGCUUGUAACGCCAAGGUAGUGGGUUCGAACCCCGAGACCACCCAUUCACAAAAAAUAAAAAUAAAAUGUAUGCAUGACUGUAAGUCGCUUUGGAUAAAAGCGUCUGCUAAAUGGCAUAUUAUUGUGAUGUUUUCUUCUGCCCCAUCAGAACAAGUCAGUGGUGAACCUGAUGUUUGCAGCUUACAGUGGUGAUGUCUCUGCCCUGAGGAGGUAAAGACAGGUUCUUGGGAGUGUAGACUAGUUAAAUAAACCCAACCCAUUAUAGUUGGUCCUGAUUUGCAAGAAAUUGUAGUUUGCCUUUUCAUAAGCAAGCGCUGGCGCCAGAUAGACAAGAAGAAUAUGGCGUCAAUAAUACAUUUAUGUGCAGCAUGGAACAGACCACCCCUGGUAUCAAAUCAUUUUCAGUUAACUUCAUAAAUACUAUAGAGCUUUUCACAAAGUAAUUUGUCUCAAAUCAAUUAUCUCUAAGUCUCCGCCAUCUGUCAUUCCAAUUAACCAUUUGUUGUUCUCUUCUUUUCUUUUCUUCAUUCUCUCGCUCCUGUCCUCCCCUUUAGGUUUGCUCUCUCGGCUGUUGACAUGGAGGAGAAAGACUAUGAUUCUCGUACAGGUCUCCACGUGGCGUCAGCUGAAGGUGAACCUAUAUAUUUUGGGGGAGGAUAAUACUGUUCUCCCACAUAACAUGUACUUCACCUUAUUGUUCACAGUUGUAAUUCAAGUGUGUCUGCUUUGGUUUAAUUGGAGUGGAUGGCUUCGCUGGGAUAACUAUAGAUAUGUGAAUGCAUCAAUGGUUGGUUGCACAAACUCAUUACCGUAUAUUGAGAUUUAAUUAUUCCUUCCUGUUUGUUCAGGUCAUGUGGAAGCGGUGAUCUUCCUAACAGAGACGUGUAAAGUGAACCCCCAUAUAAAGGAUAGGUAGGGACACCACUUCAUCAUCUGCCUGUCACUUUCAAUAACUCACACAUCUCUGAGAAAUGUUCCAUUGUAAAGGUCCUUGAAGAAUGCAUAAUGGAGACUGGUGGUUUUAAAAGUGUCCAGGUCUUUAAAAUCACCCAACUACACCAGACUAGUCAAGGGCUAUUAUGACCUGAUUUGUUCUGAGACUCAGUCGGAGCAUUACUUAGCACACUAUCCCUUGUUUCCUUUGCCUUGCAUCACAUUUGCCUCUGCAGCGGUAUUUCAAAGCUUUUUCCUGACCGCUUAUAUCGCUCUCUCUAUCAGGUGGGGAAACACACCCCUGGAUGAUGCCAGGCAGUUUGGUCAUGACGGGGUGGUGUCGGCCUUGACGGAGUACCAGCGGAUGUAUCCAUGCAGUAAUGGGUCCCAGUCAGAAACCGAAGACCAGAGAAAAUUAGACACAGUGAAGGUUGUGGUUUGA